CACACACACACACUGAGCCAUCACCUAUAAAGAGACCAGAAAGCUGUUGGUGUUUCCAUUCUUCUCUGAUCUGCAGGACUCAGCUGCUGUCAGGAUGGCAGAGAAAAAGAUGUCAACGAACCGGAGGAAUCAGCUCAAGAGCUUGCUGCUGCAGAUCGGGGAGUCGAUGCUGGAGGAGGAGGCUCGUGAAGCAGAGCAGGAGAAGGAGAUGUACAUGAAGGAGAGCUGCCCUGCUCUCUCCAUCCCAAGCUGCAUGCAGGAGCUGCAGGAGCUGUGCAGAAAAAUUCACAAGCAGAUUGAUCUGGUGGACGAGGAGCGAUACGACAUGGAGAUUAAGAUGAAUACGUCUAAGAAAGAGGCUGACAACCUAAAGCUAAUGGUUCAGGAUCUUAAGGGGAAGUUUAAGAAGCCGGCCCUGAAGAAGGUGCGGAUGUCUGCUGAUGCCAUGCUGGCUGCUCUGCUGGGCUCCAAACACAAAACGUCCAUGGACCUGAGAGCCAACCUGAAGCAGGUCAAAAAAGAGGUCAAAGAGGAGGAGAUGAAUUCUGGCGACUGGAGGAAGAACAUCGAGGACAAGGCCGGUAUGGACGGCAGGAAGAAGAUGUUUGAAACAGAGGCUUAAAACAUGUCCAUCAU